CUACAGUCUUAAGUCCAAACAAACUAACCACUAGCGGAAAAGUUGGCUAUGACACAAUUAACGCCUUUAAAAGUGAAAUAAUCAAAUCUAUAAUGGAGCUGUAAAGAGGAUGAAGCUGAGGAAGAACCUCCAUCUCCUGAUGAGCCCAUCUAGAGACCAAACAUCUAGAGACCAAACAUCUAGAGACCAAACAUCUAGAGACCAAACAUCUAGAGAACAAACAUCUAGAGACGUCAGCUGGACGGAAAACUGCAGGGCAGAGAUGUGAUGUCAGGAAGCUUCCAUGGGAUGGCAGGUGACUUCUUACGCUGUCCUGAUUGUUCUCACUGAGAGACGGCGUCAUGGAUUCGCUGAGGAGAGGCUUCUCCAGCCUGCGGAUGCUCAUCGACAGCCACGCUCAGCAGCCACGCACGCAGGCUGCCACAGAGCACGCCGAACACAACAACAACCUGGAACAUCAUGGAGGUGGAGCCCUUACCGGCGCUACAGUGUCUCAGCUGCUUCUUAACGUUGAGUGUCGAGCUGUGGUUGCCACGGCGGCUAAAGUCAAAAUCCAUGUUUCCACCGUCGACUCUUACGAUGUCAGGAAGCACUGCAGCACUCAGAUAGCAAAGAGGUCAGAGGACGGCGCGUUUGGAGCUUCAAUGGACUGCUCUGUGGACUGCAGGCUGCAGAACCACGGCAGGAUGGAAGUCAGGGUUUACAGGGAAGACGAUUCCAGGGAGCACUGCACUAGAAGCUGCCUGGCCUUCACAUCCUUCUCCAUCAGAGAUCUUCUCAGGUCCAAGGAGCCUCACAGCUCCCUAAAGCUCAGGACGAUGGACGGAGGGAACGAGGUCGGGGAGGUGAGGGUGUCCCGUCUGCAGGUGGAGGAAGAGACGGAGGAGCAUGCUUUGGAAAACAGGAGCUCAGUGUUGUGUGAUGCUCUGCACGGCUCCGUCCAGGACAAAGAACACAGUCCCAUGAUGAGAGCUGCCCUGUGCUCUCAGGUGUGUAAGGUGUACAGGUUUCAGACGGAGGACCACAGGUGGCUGCUGGUGCGGGAACAGAUGUCAGAAACGCCGCUGUCCUUCUCUUUACCCAAACAGCUACUGAGUUCGCUCAUUAAGGAGCACACAGACAGAGUCCUGGAAGUGAAGGAGCUGAGUGACCUGUCGCCUCAUUGGGACGGCCUCCGCCAUGACAUCAUCGCUCACUGCAACCAGCUGAUCAGCUGCUAUCAGCAAACACAGACAGAGCUCGACAAACUCUCAACUUCGUCCUGCUUUAAGGCGAGCAGCAGCAAGUCUGACAGACACCUCCAGUUUAUCCCCACCAACCUGCACUCCCAGAGGAUGGAGGUGACCGGCCCUGACAGCUCAGGCGUUUGGUACGAGGUCAUCACCUUCGGAGCGCCGGCCGAUCACCACCAGGCUUUCAAACAUGGAGGACUGAAGAGGCUGAUCAGCAAACACACAGGCCACAAACACAGCUCUGUGUCGUACUCCAGAGAGCAGAGCUGCAGAGCCAGGGAGCUGCUGGCCAGCAUUGCCCAGCUGCAGCCUCUGAUCUUCGGCCUCGCCGAGGAGCUGCUCUCCGUCUCUGUGGAGGUCCAUCUGGGUCGACUGCAGGAGGUCCUGGAAAGCCUUAAAGAGCAGACCACGAUGUUUAUUCACGCCCUACAAGACGAGCUGGUGAGAAGCGCCCUGCUGGACAUCAACAACCGAUCCGCCUCUAAAGACGGAGGCAGCCAUGUUCACACCAACGGAUUGGUCUGUGAGGUCUCCCACUCUGACCAGGAGGGGGGGCUGUCGCCUCGGCUGCAGGAUGGAGAGGAGUACAGCCAGGAGGAGUGGGACAGGACGUGGGCGAACGUCGGGAAGUGUCUGGACUGCAUCAUAGCCAUGGUGGAGCGGCUGCAGGGACGAGAGCGCCUUCUACGAGAACAGUCGUCUCCAGAGUCGCAGGAAACUGCGGGGGACACAAAGUCUCAGAAUGCAGCCUCUCCUUCCUCCUUCUCCUCCUCCUCUGUGGGUUCUUGGCAGGAGCAGCUGCUCCCCCUGGUGGUCACUCUUAGAGACUGCGUAAGGGAGGCAGUAUCGAAGGCUCGAGCUGCCAUGACCUUUGUUGUCCUGCAGGGGGCAGUGGCUGCGACUGUCGCUCAGGGUCCCACGUUAAUUGUGCAGCGGCGCCACGCUGUCUUCAGUCAGGGGCUGUCAGCGGUGGUUUGUGGUUUCAUGCUGAAGCUUUUCGGAGGUCUGGAGGAUCCAGAGUUCCUGCAGCAGCUCCACUCUGUGGGAAUCCUGGUUCAGUUUGAAGGCCUGCUGAGCACCUAUGGCGAGGAGGUGGGGAUGUUGGAGGACAUGGAGGUGGGCGUGGCUGACCUCGGUAGCAUGGCGUUCACCAUCACUGAGGCCAAAUCAGAGCAGAUAGACGACCUGCUGCCGACGCUCAGUGGAUCAUGGGGCAGUUUUGUCGUAGAAGUGCCGCUGCCCUCUGAAACCUUCAGAUCACUACCUCAGGAACUACAAGCGGGUCGUUUGAUCCGAGUGGAGCCGGUUCUGUUUAACAUCGGGAUCAACCAGCAUCAGAGUCUGGCUGAAAGGUUUGGAGACAGUUCGCUGCAGGAACGAGUGAAUCAGCAGAGCUGUGAACGUCUCAAAGCUUAUUGUAACAGGCUGAGAGAAAAACUUCCUCACAUGGCUGGUAUCCAGUCACUAUUAGACCUGCUGACGUCUCUUGAUCGCAGCAUGGAGGCAAAGAAGAGGAAAAACGUGGAAGUUUUAUGGAUCACAGCUUCAUUGUGUCGAAAAGUGAACGGCGUGCGGCUGACCAGCUGUAAGAGCGCGAAGGAUCGAACGGCGAUGUCUGUGACGCUGGAGCAGUGUAUGAUUCUUAAGGAGCAACACGCGCUCAGUCAGCAGAAUUUCAGCUCUGCUCUGGACAGCAUGAGGAGGGACGGCUGCAGGACGGAGAACGUCCAGAAGAACAUCGGCAGCAGGAAGUUCGCCUUCAGCAGCGUCCAGCUCCUCACCUUCCCCAAACUCUACAGACCUCCAGAUGGCAGCUAUGGAUAGACACACACUCUGUCUCUACGUGUAUAUAAGUCCAAAGAUUGUUUAUUUUUUCAUGUAACUUUUCUGUGUUUGAUGGUUUGCAGAUUGUAUUUCUGUUUGAAUGAGAACUAUGUUUGCUGUUGGAAUUACAAACGUUUCUGCAAUAAAUGACUGAAGUGAAGCUAAAUG